GCACGGGGAGCAAAUGUGUUGGAGUGAGUGCGGAAAUUGUUCCAACGUGMCAAGUCUGCGACUAUGGAGUUCUGGCGUAGUAGAGAAUAUGAGGAGACACCACCAMCCCAUUAUGGGGACUGUGUUUCGCGCGUACUCUGUCGAGCGUYAGUGUUGAUGACGGUGCUGAUGGUGACGCUUUUGGUCGUUGCGACUGUGCUCAGUGCGUUCCAAGGUGCGGGGUACGGGUGGCGUGCAGUGAGCAGCUGGCACCGGGAGGACAGGUGUCGGAGUGCUGGCAACGGGUGUGAGAACCGCAUCCGUGCUUGGCGGCAUGGGGGUAGUAACUCCCACGGUCAUCGAACUGGUUCCGCUUMUCUUGAACAGAGGACGUACAACUCAAGGUCUCUGAAAGUUAGCGACGCCACAGUACUGCCAACGAUCCGCGAUCCUGAGCUGAUAGUGAACAAGACGAAGGUGCUCACUUUGACAGACUCGACACUGAAGCCGGUGUUUCCCGCGUCGAUCAGCAACUCGUUCGAUUUGGYCGRSUGCWAUAACSYCCUCGAAGACYUGGKGCUCGCAUCCAAUGGCUCUGUCUUGUAUUAUGUUCUCGACCAGCGGUGCUACAGUCAGUUGAACGGGUCCGACUCGGAGGAGUUCRCGUCGAGUUGGCUGUACUCCGUACGGAAGGCUGAACGGAGGGCAGGGUCAGGGGGAUGGGAAGCCUUCCAGAACGAUUCGCUUAUUACUUACUGGUGGGCGUUUAACGAUAGCGAUGGGAUGAGACCCUCGUCGCCAAUCAUCUUCAACGAGAACUCGACAAUGGAGMCGAUGAUGKGGCUGAUUGGCAUGGACUUGUCCGACGAAGGGACGACUUUGGUGCUAACGACUGRAACAMAUGAGGCCUUSGGCAACCGGCUUGAGAAGMAAASCUCGAUGGUAACCUUGCUCUCUGCUGUGAAUGGCACUAGGCGAUCGCUCCCCCUGCCGGGGAUGGCCGCUCGUGGCAUGGGGUUCGAUCCGACGAAGACCAACGCCUACCUUGUGGAUAUGGCCUAUCCGCCGCGUCUGAUGUCUGCAGACUUCGGAGCUCUGCUGGGGAAUGGUGCCAGCAUUACAGGUGACAUGUUGUUCAAGCCAGAAGCCACCUUCCCUCGCGAAAUGGGAUUGAACCUCUCCAACUUGUUCGUACGUCCGCAAGGAUUCACUCCUGAUGGUAGUUGCCUGUACGUCGUCGACAGGGCRGAGAAUAGUAUCUUUGCCGUCGAUCUGUCGACGAGGAACAUAACUCUUGUCGCUGACAGKAAAGCAGUUGGUMUUAUGGAGGGAGASAAGGGCCGAUUGAGAGAKGUUKUGGUAACGAAGGACGGGUGCAAUGUUUUCGUUAMUGACAUUSRCGGUUAUUUGCGAUGGAUUCAGUUAAAAGCGCAGUGCAGCGAAGCGCAAACGGCGGGUGUCGUCGUGUCUUAUAUCGCAGGCGGGUUCUGGGGUUUGGCGAUCCAGGAGGAUGACAACGGGGUUGGCCUGUACAUUGGAACGAAUGACGGACACGUGUUCGAGCUGGAAGUAAAAAAGUCCGCCCUGCACGCAUGCCCCCCGCCCUCCCGACCACCACCGCCCUCUAGGAGCCCUCCCCCUCCCCAAUCUUCUUAUCCUUCUCCCGCAAGCUCAUCAUCCUCUCCCCCGCCAUCCGAUAAACCACCGGUGUCCGCUCAGCAUGCCAAAAGCGGUCGAAAUCGAGCUCUAGCUGUCUAUCUGCCCGUGGCCAUUGUGUCAGGCUUUGCCAUCUGCGCGGGCCUCCUGGUCGGUCUCUUCUGCUAUCGGAGGCGGGAAAGUCGAAAGCCGCUGGAAAGUCGGGAGCGGCGGGAAGGCGCGGCGCUCCCGCCGCUUGGACAGUACCAACCUGCCCCUCCCAGUUUGUCUUAUUCCUCCCUAGCCGGUAGUUCACUGCCCGAUGAUUCUCGCAAGGGAGCAUCGAGCGGCCAUGAGCGCGUCCAGGACGUUCAGCCCUUCAGCGUGACCUCGUUCCCGCUGGAAACCCUGGCGCUCGUCACUGGCAAUUUCGGUGAUGAUUAUCGCAUGGGAGACAAAGGUGCUUUUGGCGAUGUCUACUGGGGGGCUCUUAGCGACAGGGAGGUCGCUAUCAAGGUGAUGAGGGGCGGCGUGACGGCGGAGAAGCGAAAGCAAUUCGUCGUCGAAGUGAGCACAUUGAGCAGGCUCCAUCACUCCAAUCUCAUCGACCUCAUAGGUUACUGUCAGGAAGGGAAUACGUGCAUCCUUGUAUACCCCUACUUCCGGGGCGGCRGUCUCUCCGGUCGCUUGCACAAAAGAGAUGCCACUCCUGGAACAGCAUCCGGUGCUCCUGCUCCUCCUCCUCUUACGCUAGUGGAGCGYAUGUGUGUGGCCUUUCAGAUCGCCAAGGGUCUCCGCUAUCUUCACACGGAUGUGGAGCCCCCGAUCAUUCACAGGGAUAUCAAGAGCAGCAACGUUCUUCUGGAAGAUGGAUCGGGGGCGAAUCUGCGCGCUGUCGUCGCCGAUUUCGGACUGGCGAGGAUGUGUGACAACCUCUUCGAUACGCAAUUCGGGACUAUUGCGCUGACAAGCCACGUGGCAGGUACCSAAGGCUACAUGGCGCCGGAGUACCAGCUGAGAGGCAAGCUGACGGUCAAGAACGACGUGUACGCUUUUGGCGUUAUCCUCCUGGAGCUGCUGACGGGUAGGAAGGCGAUCACGCCGGGACCACCACCAGGCGGAGAAUGGCRGACGUUGGUGCAGUGGGCGAGACCGUCGCUAGRAGGUCCUCUUGAUCUUGACACCAUACCGAUCGAGAUUCUCGACACGUGUCUGCGAGACCAGGUGCGGACCGAUGCUGUUAUGAGAAGAAUGGUGGUGGGCACGCUGGUGCUGGCGCGGGACUGCGUCGAGGAGGUCGACAGCUCCAGGCCAACGAUGAGUACGGCCGCCGAGAGGCUGGGUAGUUUCCUGUCAGACGCAAAGGUAAGGGGCAGGGCACAUAGAUAGGCUACUUGGUGACGGAAGGCGAACUGCCAUAAGGCGAUGGAAACGGUCUGCUUUGUUGUCUUGUUGUUCAGACAGCCAAGUACGGACGGAAAGUCCAGGUGUCGGAACAGAAGGACGGAGAGUCCGGCAUGGUCAAGGUGCCAUGCCUUCGCUGAGUUUUUUUUUUUUUUUUUUUUUUUCGCUGUUUUUCGAAUCGGCCCCCUUCUCCGAGUUAUUUAAAUCGGCAGUCUCGAAAAGUUAUCGGGAUACCGACUGUCUUCCCCCGAACGGGACGCACCCUAAUCAUGAAGGUAACCGAGCGCUACGUGGAGUCCAGGGGCCGUGUCCCACUGGCGGGGGKUUAGUUUAUGUUUCGUGUAUUUUCUAACGUGGUCACACUACUGGUAGGGCCGUGAGAUUUUCAGAUCGGAUGGCAAGGAGCCAUGUAAUGUAUAUAUAUUCGAAACGGAUGAUGCAUUCCUGCCUGAGGAUGGUUCUCGGGGACACGCUACUAAGAAUUCCGUUAGUGCUGUUUGAUUCAUCGCCUGCACUUCCAGUGCGUAAAGCGUGGGCUUUUUUUUUCUUUUUUUUUUUUUUUGAAAGCGUGGGCUUUUCGUCGAGAAGUCGCUUUUUUAAUGUAUGGAAGUAAAGAUAGAGCUUUGGGUUUUCGUUCGGGUAAAAUUGAACGGAACUUGUUAGAGAUAGUCUACGGCCUCGAAGUAUACCUUCGGCUGUCACGUGAAUGCUCGAGAGUAAUAUUCGUCCCAUCCCUCAGCUUGUAGUCCAAGACUCCAAGUGGAUUAUCGCUGAAGACAUCGGCGCGGAAGUCUGCAACCUGUCGAGGGCUUGGGCGGCCCAGGGCAUUAGUUGAGAGUUGGGCCGACGAGUGGGAAACUGCCCCGAUCAAUUACCAUUCAUACCCUCCUUAGUUGCUCUCCUGUUGAAUGUUCGAUAUCAGCAUAGACAAGGGAAGGAGGGGCUGGACCAAGGGACGAGGAAAGGUGGCACUCUGUUUCGUCACAGGGUUACUCAAUUAGACCUAUCUAUGAGUAAAUUUGCAUUUGUCGA